AGGAGCACAUUAUAUCUGUGUGGAAUGCAAGCCAUCAGUGGUGUGCUAUCACACAACCCAGACACAAGUGAUGCCUUGAUGUUGUGUUAGAAUUUUACAAUAGUGGACACCAUGAAAGUGAGUCCUGCCAGGCACCACACAACCUACUGCACAAUGAAGAAAUCAGCAUACGAGGCCACAGCCUCAGGAUCCUCCUGUGCGGUCAGCCGGCAUAGCAGCAGUGGCAGCUGUAGUCCAGCUGGUGGCAGCCCUGCACCCAAGGAGGAACUGAAUGUGUCUCUCCAGCAACUGCGUGAGGAAUACUGCCGGUCAGUGCAGGACGGCCUCUCCCGCAGCCACACUCCAUCCAAGCAGCCUCUUGAUACUGGUGUCUCCAUUCGACAGCUGACUCGGAGCAUGAACGACCUGCGCGGUGUAGGUCGCGACUCCCCGUGUUCCAUUAUAGAGUGUGACCGACCCGCCCUGGCCUCUGUCAACGUGAAGGCCUUGACACGGAGCUUUUCUGACCUGACGCGACUAAACAGUGAGCCUCUUGGGCCCACAACCCCCACCACGCCCAGACAUCUCUCCCCAACACACUCUGUCAACGUCAAGAAGUUGCGGGCAAGUUAUGGUGACCUGCACAGACUGACCAGCGGUGAGUCAGGCGGCCUGUGGGAGUACGGUGGUGUCUCGCCCUCCCUCCCUCACUCCCACGCUAUGAAGCCAGGCAACAGCACCUACAAAGCUUGUAGCAAGUUACCUCUCCCCACAGAGUCCAGAAUUCCUAUUCUGAAACCCUCCCCUCACAAAAGUACUACCCAAAUCCCUAAACUGAGUAAAAAAGAACCCGAGUCCUCGCCACCUAAGCCGUUGCUCGCCCCUAAACCCACUUCCACCCUACCCUGCCCUUCCAGCUCCCUCCCACAGCACGCCACGGCGUCGCGUCCAGGCAAAUUCGUCCUAAGCAAUACAAGUAAGUCCGCCGCCAAGACAGACACCUCCACCAAAAAGCCAAAAAUAUUAUCAGUCCAGCCUUCUCAGGGAACAUCAGGGGUGCAGGACAAAAAGACAGCUCACAAAACCGCCACUAAGCAAAAUCUGGCUAAGGCUGACAGUACUGAUGGUGAAGCCGUCAUCGCCGAAUACCAGAGGGGCGACUCUCCCACCAUGGUCGAUCUUGGGGGGCGCCGCUCAAAGCCCCCUGCUCCUAAUAACAACAAAACCAACAUCAACAAUAAUAACACCAACAACAACAAUGAUGCCGCACCAUCGCCGCCUAGGGCCAGCGUGUACACGGGCGUCUCCGUCAAACACCUGCGACGGAGCUACUGUGACCAGGCGCGGCUGUGUGAGGCCCUGGACGAGGCGGGCAGGGCAGGCAGCGGUCGUAAACCAUACAUCACCAAAGCCAAUGUGGCGCGUAUAUGCGCUUCCUUGGUGGGGCCCAUCCCUCCCCCACCCCGCACUCCCCCGCGGCGGCACAUCAGCACGGGGGUGUCAGUAAACCUCAUGGUGAGUGGCCCUCUCCUCCACCCUCGCUGUCUCCACCUUUUCCCGCACCUGCGCCUCCAUACACACUCAUCUCAUCCUCUCACACUGCACUUUGGGCCUUUUCCAGCCUCUGACACGCCUCUCGAGACUCGCUUGCUUGUUGUGCUCAUUUGUUAUUGUUGUUGCUGUUGCUCCGCUGUGCAUGUUAGCUAAAACAUAUGUUUCAUGUUUUGCAAACAUAUUAUUUAUUUGUCGUUAUUAUUAUUUAUUUAUUUAUUUAUUUUUAUUUAUUGAUUUAUUUAUUUUUCUUUUUUUUUUACUUACGCACGCAUGUUAUGAUGUAUAUUCUUAAUUAUGUUGGUGCUAGUUUGCGAGGUAUGAUUCAUAGGUGACUUACUGGUUUGUUAUGAC